AUGCACAUUAAGACCACUCUUUUGAGUGAAGGAUCUUCAUCAUAUGUUUUCCUUACAGAGGAUCCUAAUUAUGUGAUGAAGGUAUUUAAAUCGAUACACCCUGUCUAAGCGAGAAUAUAGGAAGCGUAAAUUCUAGAGGAUCUCAAAAGUGAUCAUGUUGUAAAACUAAUCACUUUUACAGACGAUUACUUGAUAUUGGAAAGACUAAGACCUUAGGAUUUGUUCGAAGUGGUAAAAUCCCAAAAUCUAAAUCAUUAAUUAAUUAAGGAAACAUGCAAGACUUUGAUAAGGAUAAUAAAUGAUAUUCAUAAGAUGCAAGUGGUUCAUCGCGACAUUAAAUUAGAGAACAUUCUAAUCGACAAUACUGGAAAAUUAGUUUUAUGUGAUUUUGGAUUUGCUGAAUAGUUAUCAAGUUGCUCAGUCAAUAGAACUGUGGGUACUUUGAAUUAUAUGGCUCCAGAAUUACAUUAAGAAUCUUUACUGGGGGGAAAGAACAGUGAAAAAAUAAAUACACAAAUUCUAAUUAAAUCUGAUGUCUUCUCGCUUGGAGUGUCAAUUUUCUAAAUCAUUCUUGGAUUUCAACCAUUCACUUCAACUAAACCUGGUGCGAAUUGUAAAUUAUGGAGAUUAAUAUAACAAAAAAAAUGGACAUAAUAUUGGACUCUAAUUCAAAAAUUAUCAAAACUUUAAAUUGAACCUAUUACUUAGAAUUUCUUGGAAUCAUUCUUAUAAUCUGAUACUUCAUCUAGGACCACUCUGGAUGAAAUAUACACGCACCCAUUUUUAAAUUAAGUAUAAGAUGAUGUACAUUUAAUUUUCUGA